CGUGGCUUCGGUUACUAUGGCAGCGGGGACGCUUAGUGCGGGCCUGAGCCCAGUUUAGACGCCAAUGCCCCUCCUGUCCUUUGCAUGGCACCCAAGAAAGAGAAAGGUGGGACUCCAAGCACCAGUUCUAAGAUAUGGGAACCCUCGCUCAUCGCUGCACACUUCAAUCAGAAUGAUUGGAAGGGCUCCAUCGCUUUUGUAGUCGGAAACCGGAUUGAGGACGAUCUUCCCAUCCGAGCAUUGACUCUUGCCGUCCAGGUCCCUCAGCGCAAAUUCUUCAGUAUCGUAUCAUGGCAAGACAUUCUACAGCAGAUCAAUGAAUCAAAUGCCCUUCUUGGAACUACGUCUAAGAAAGCAAAGAAACCUGUAGGCAAUAGUGCUCCCUUAUAUUAUGAGGUGUUAACGGCAGCAAAGGCAAUUAUGGACAGUGGAGAGAAAUUAACCCUACCACUGAUAGGGAAACUCUUGAAAUUUCAGCUUCUCCAGAUUAAAUUUAAGGACCAGCAGAGACGGGAAAACGAAAAGAAGGUAAUAGAAGAUCGUUUCAAGAUAGAAAAGGAUAAAGGGAAAGCAAAAUCUCCCAAGGAGAAGAAGUCCUCAAGUGCCAAGGUUGCCAAAGGGAAGGGAAAGGAUCCUCCUGAGGCGAACACAGCAGUGAAGAAGACCACACAGCUAAAACGGAGAGGGGAAGACGAUGACGCUAAACCUUACAUUGACGAUGAGCCAGAUGAUGGUGCCCAACAUUACAUUAUAGUCGUGGGCUUCAACAAUCCUCAGCUAUUAGCGAUUAUGACUGAGCUUGGCAUUCCCAUAAGCAGCGUGAUUAAAAUAUCUUCAGAGAAUUAUGAGCCUCUGCAGACACACCUGGCAACAGUUAGCCAGCAGCAGGAAGUUCUUCUUCAGCCAGAAGACAUAAAGGCUGAAAAACUGAAGAAAGAGAAUGCCAUAAAAGAACUUGACAUUUUCUGGAAAUACCUGGAACCAAUCCUGAAUAAUGAGAAACCUGAAACAAAUCUCUUUGAUGUUGCUCGACUGGAGUACGUGGUCAAGGCAGAUGACUUUCCUUCUGACUGGGCAGACAGCGAGAUGAUGCUGGAAUUGGGUACUGAAAUUUUUGAAAAUGUUGCCUGUUUGAUGUAUGACACCCUGGAUUGGAAGAGGCAACACCAACACUAUUUGGAAAGCAUGCAGCUUAUAAAUAUUCCACAAGUGGUUAGUGAGAAACCUCUCUUGGAAGCCAUGUCAGUUACUGAGGCUCCACAACCUGUUGCUCCAACCCCUGGCAAGAAGAAAGCACAGUAUGAGGAACCCCAAGCCCCACCAUCAGUAGCUUUCGUCUUCACAACUGAAGUAGACAUGAGAUAUUACAAUGACUUGCUGAAUCCAAUUCCAGAAGAAUUCAUUUCUGUGCCCCUGAUACUGCACUGUAUGCUGGAACAGGUUGUGGCAACUGAAGAAGACCUUGUCCCACCCAGUCUGGUGGAGCCACCUCCCAGAACAGAUGGGUUGGACCACAGAAUCGCCGCUCAUAUUGUGUCCAUCCUGCCCUCUCUCUGUCUCACGGAGAGGGAGCAAAAGAAUCUCCAUGAAAUAUUCUUAUCCGAAGAAGAACAUGAAAGCAGAGCAGUGCCCAAAGGCCCUCUCCUAUUGAACUAUCAUGAUGCACAUGCCCACAAGAAGUACGCACUGAAGGACCAAAAGAAUUUUGACCCAGUUCAAAUUGAGCAGGAGAUGCAGUCCAAGUUGCCACUGUGGGAAUUCCUUAAAUUCCCUCUGCCCCCGCCAUGGAACAGCACUAAGCGUCUAGCUACAAUUCAUGAGCUCAUGCACUUCUGUACAAAUGAAGUCUUGAGCUGGAAUGAAGUAGAACGAGCCUUCAAAGUGUUUACUUUUGAGAGCCUGAAACUCUCUGAGGUUAAUGAAGAAGGCAUACUAAUGCCUUCUGAGAUGAUGUAUGGAACAGAUUCUGAGCUGUCCAACAUACCGUGGGACAACCCUGCCAGAUUUGCUAAACAGAUAAGGCAGAAAUACAUCAUGAAAAUGAAUACCCAAGAGGCCAAACACCAAACAGAUACUGAAGCCAAAGACAGAAUUUUAUUUGUGGAUCAGAAUUGGUCAAUGUUGGUGCAAGAGGAUGAGGUCAGUAAAGAACCUUCAGACCCUAGUCGGUCUGGUUCUAACAAAAUGAAGCAGUCUGACCCAAACAGCAAGGAACCCUUAGACUAUGAAAAUAUAGAGCUGUCAGAGCAGGAGACCAGCUUGAGGACUCGGUGCCAGUCUGCGCUGUCAGAACAGACCACGAACAAUGAGAUCAAAGAUGAAGCAGUCACAAAGGCUGAUCCUCUUGAAAAGAAACCCAAGAAGAUGACUGUGGAAGCAGACCUGGAGGACAUAAAGAAAACGCAACAACGCAGUUUAAUGGACUGGAGUUACACUGAACAUUUUAAACCGAAAGUUCUGCUUCAGGUUCUUCAAGAAGCCAGGCAGCAAUACAGGUGGAUUGAUUCUUACUACCAUACGCAAGACAACUCUCUACUUUUAGUCUUUCAUAAUCCAAUGAAUAGUCAACGUCUGCAUUGUGAAUAUUGGAAUAUUGCUCUUCACUCCAAUGUUGGAUUCAGGAAUUAUUUGGAACUUGUUGCAAACUCCAUUCAAGAUUGGAUCAUAAAAGAAGAAGCUAUAUAUCAGGAAUCUAAAAUGGCUGAGGAAAUCACUAGGACGAAGGCUGAGCUGGAAUUGAAAUAUUCUGCUACUACCAAAAUCACUUCUAACAAAAUGUAUUCUGUUAAAAAACCUAAAAGUAACAAAGGAAUGAGCAAAGGAGAGAUAGCGGAUCAAGAAAAAGAAAAAGAAAAAGAGAAGGAAAAGAUUCCUUUUAUUUUAGAAGGCUCUCUCAAGGCAUGGAAAGAAGAACAAGAUCGAUUAGCAGACGAAGAGCGCUUAAAGGAAGAAAGAAAAGCAGAAAAGAAGAGUAAGGAAACCGGUAGAAAGAAAGGCAAGGAAAAGGUAGAGAAAGAAGACAGUAAGCUUGUGAAGAGAAAAUCUUUUUUGAAGGAGAAACCUAAAGAAGACCAGCUGAAGAUCCCAGAAAUAACAGAGGAGCCCCCCCCGCAUCCCGAACCUGGGAUUGUUUAUCCGUUUUGUGGAUACAAUAUGGGAGAGAUACCCAUCCAAAUCUCUGGAACAAAUUCUUACCUGUAUCCUUCAGAUGGAGGGCAGAUUGAAGUAGAGAAGACAACAUUUGAAAAAGGGCCAACUUUUAUCAAAGCGACUGUGAAAAAGGACAAGCACACUUUUAUAAUUCAUUUAAAAGACCCUAAGAAAAUUGUGAAAAAGGAAAAAAAAGAAGAGGAUAGUUCUUUGGAAGAUGAGAAAGAAGAAAGAGAGGAAGAACAAAAGCUUGACACAGAAGAAUCAGAUGCAGAGAAUAAAGCUGUCAGCAAGUUUGGAUCUUUUUCGGCCACCUUAGAAAAUGGCAUCUGCCUCUCAAUAAGUUACUAUGGACCAAGUGGAAUGGCACCAGAGGAUAAGGAUCCUAAUUUGGACACAAUGUUGAAUAUCCCAUCAGCACUUACUGCAACAGUAAUUCCUGUCGUAGUGACUGUUCCUCAAGGCAAAGGAAAACCAAAAUCAAAAGGCAAAGAAAAACCCAGAGAAUCAAUUAAAGAAGAGGAACACCCAAAAGAAGAAGAGAAAAAGGACGAAGUGGAACCAGAACCUGUUUUACAAGAGACUCUUUAUGUUCCCACUUUCCAAAACCUAAAUGUGUCUUGCCCCAAUGGGCUCCUAGUGACCUUCAUUGGGCAAGAGUCUACAGAUGGGAAUGUUAUGGAUGAGGAACCCACUUGGGACAUCAUGGUCCGGCAGAGCUACCCCCAGAAGGUGAAGCACUAUGAGUACUAUAAGACGGUGAUGCCACCAGUGGAACAGGAGGCAUCAAGAGUUAUCACCAGGCAAGGCACUGUUGUCAAGUACAUGUUGGAUGGAUCCACACAGAUUCUCUUUGCCGAUGGUGCCGUGAGCAGUAGUCCUGAUUCAGGUUCUGUUUGUCCUCCUGGUGAAAUGCCAACAAGCCCUCACAGCGGCGACUUUAUGGACACGGCUUCUCAGCAUAAAUCAGAAAUUGUACCAUCUGAGAUUGUCAUCACAAAGAAAGGAAAAAGUCACAAAAAUCAGUCAUCAAUGGCACAUAAGAAUGAAAGCCAUGAACCUCACCCAGAGACGGUUCAAGCAGUAACUCCUGUAGACGUUCAUGUAGGCACCUGGUUUACAACCACACCUGAAGGAAAUCGGAUUGGCACCAGAGGACUGGAAAGAAUCGCAGACAUGACCCCAUUAUUAUUCUUUAAGGCCACAGAUCCUGUCAGUGGAACGGUCAUGAUAACUCGAGAAGACAGAGUGAUCAUUGUGGAAAAGAAAGAUGGUACUCGGAUAGUGGAUCAUGCUGAUGGUACCAGAAUCACAACCUUUUAUCAAGUUUAUGAAGACUGUAUUACUCCUCCGGAUGAUCAAGAAAUAACUGAAAGUCCUCAAACGGUCACCAGGCAGGUGAAGUGCAUGCGGAUCGAAAAUGCACACUUUGCCACUGUCAUCACCAACUGCGAGGACAGUAGCUGCUGUGCCACCUUUGCGGACGGGACGUCUAUUAUCGCAAAACCACAGGGAACGUAUCAGGUGUUACCUCCCAACACAGGCUGCCUUCACAUUGAUCGGGAUUGUUCAGCUACAUAUUGCCAUGAACCAAGCAGUGAUAUAUACCAUCCUUUCCAAAAACGUGAGCAGCUAAGAGCUAGCAGGUACAUCAUGAAGCACACAUCAGAGAUUAUCUGUGAGGUCCUGGAUCCUGAGGGAAAUACCUUUCAGGUAAUGGCUGAUGGUAGUGUAUCAACUAUGCUAUGUGAAAACAAUUUGGAAGAUGAUCCAAAUGAAAAAACUGAAGGCUAUGAUAGUUUAUCAUCUACUCAUGUUUAUAAGAAUCAUCUGCAAAUCUAUGGUGAACAUGUACCCAGGUUUUUUGUCAUUUAUGCUGAUGGAUCAGGAGCAGAACUUCUUCGAGACAGUGACAUAGAAGAAUACCUAUCCUUGGCAUACGGGGAAUCAACUACUGUAGUUCUCCAGGAGCCAAUACAAGAACAGCCAGGUGCCCUGAGCAUCACUGUCCUUCGCCCUUUCUGUGAAGCAUCACCAUGGCUAAUGAAGAAAGAAUUAGAUACAAUUGUUCCUCCGAAUCUCCAGUCAAGGUCAUGGGAGAUGUUUCCCUCAGUCGAGAAGAAGACUCCUGGACCUCCAUUUGGCACUCAGAUUUGGAAGGGCCUUGACAUUGGGUCCAAACAGCUAGCAAGUGCGCCGGCCCCUAUACUCAAGAGCCCCAGUGUUCUACAGAUGCGCCAGUUCACCCAGCACGAGGUCAUAAAAGAGGAGGUGAAGCAAAAGCUGCAAAUUUCCCUUAAGGAUUAUAUAAACCAUAUUCUAAAGAAAGAAGAUGAGCUACAGGAAAUGACGGUUAAGGAUUCCAGAACCGAGGAGGAAAGAGGCAAUGCUGCAGAUCUCCUCAAGCUCGUCAUGUCGUUCCCUAAAAUGGAAGAAACUACAAAAAGUCAUGUAACUGAAGUUGCAGCCCACCUAACCGAUUUAUUCAAGCAAUCAUUGCCUGCCGCUCCGGAAUGUCUGCCAGAGACAACUGAUACAGAUUUCUUUGAAAGGAAAUGGAGGCAAACAACAAAAGGAAAGCACUGGAAAGAAAAGUUGGAACAUAAGAGGAAGGAUAUUGAAACCACACAAAAUUACCUAAUGGAAAUUAGGAACAAAGUAAUAUCACCCUACUUCAACUUGGAAAUGAGCAAGUUAUGUCAGUCUAAGUUUCAUUAUCUGGAUACGCUUUCCAAAAACUUGCCUCCUUUUCCAAAGACAGCGGAAGCUGCAGACGAAACAGCUGUUCAGAAAACAUCCGAUCUUCCUCCAGGUUCCCAGCCAGAAACAGUUUCAGGACAGGAGUCCCCACAAACACCGAGUGUUCCAAAACUCAAGAGUUUUGUAGAUGCCAAGGAGUCUGCUGACCAGAACCAAACUGAAAAUUUGGCAAAACCUAUUGCAGAAGCAGAGUCCCGUGAGCCUGUGAAAAUCCCCACCCAGUCGUUGCUGCAGGAUGUUGCGGGGCAAGCAAGGAAAGAAAAAGUGAAGUUACCUCACUACCUGCUGAGCUCCAAGCCCAAGUCCCAGCCUCUCACAAAGGUGCAAGAUUUGGUUGGAGGCAAAGUGAAAACGUCCUCUGUUGCGUCUGCUGCCAUUAAUAACGUGAACUCAUCCCCUUUUGGAUUCCACCUUCUCCCACCAUCAGUGAAGUUUGGAGUCCUAAAAGAGGGACACACCUAUGCGGCCACUGUGAAGCUCAAGAAUGUUGGAGUGGACUUUUGCAGGUUUAGGGUGAAGCAGCCCCCACCCAGCACAGGACUGAAAGUGACUUAUAAACCCGGUCCCGUGGCAGCGGGUCUGCAGACGGAACUGAAAGUGGAGUUAUUUGCCAUGGCUGUUGGAGAAGAAGGUGCCAGGGGAUCAACACACAUCUCGCACAAUAUUGAGAUUAUGACUGAGCAUGACGUCCUGUUCUUACCCGUGGAAGCAACAGUUUUAACAAGCAGCAAUUAUGAUAAGAGACCAAAAGAUUUUCCUCAGGGAAAAGAAAAUCCCAUGGUCCAGAGGACUUCUACGAUUUCUUCUUCUGCACUUGGAGUCUUCAUGUCCCGUAAAAUUUCUCCACGUUAGGUCCGGGAAGCCACAGCAGAAAAGAAGAUAGUCACUGACGAGAGAGUCAAACUCUGACCUACAGUACCAAGAUGACCUACAAUGAAUUCAUAUUCCUCGAUGCGUAACUCACACUCAUGUGUGACCUGUCACAGCUACUUGUAAGGCACUAGGCAUCUCCAACCCUCUGAUAUGCUGGAAAUAUUCCUAGUGUUUCCCUUAAGAUCAGAAACCCCGAUUUAGUACCUAUGCCAAGCAGUAAGAAAUUAUUAGCAACAUCGUUGAGUGCCAAUUUGAGGCCUCAUCACUUGCCUCAAAUUAUAAAUAUGGCAAGAGACUAACAUAAACAUAUCCCUGUUCUUCUAUUGCUACUAUCUUGAUGGAAUAAAAGGAACACAGAAUUAAGAGUCAUGAAAAUGGGUCAAUUCAAAUAUGAAUUCUCUAAAUAUAUCUCUUUGUUAGUUUUUUAACUCUUUGGUAUUGGCUGAUGAGUUUGUAUUUUGUCUUCCUAACAGUGUUUCAAGGUGUUGGAUCUGUCUCUAUUCCCGGUCUCUGCUGUAACAGCUGGAGACUGAGGGGGCAGAGAUACAAGAGUACACUCUUAAACUCCUACAAACACACUCUUCUCAAUUACACAUUAAGAGCAAUUUUACAUAUUUAAAAAUAGUCUAAUAAACAUAUUUCCUUUGUUUCUUACUUCCCUCUGGAUAUGCCCUGAUGUUUCCAUUUGUUUCUAGAGACCCAGGAAAAUAAAGGCACUAUUCCAGACGAUGCUGUUAGGAGGACAAAACCAAAUCCUUUUGCUUACACUAAACAGUUAAACAGACACAACGAAUGAGGCCAGCUGACCACUCAGUACUGGGCUCUCAGCAAACAGACCAGAACCAGAGCUACUGCAGCCUGGAGGCUUAUGCUACUAAGCAUCCCUGAGCAGUGCUCCGCCUCAUUACUUAAAGAGAUGGGCCACCAUGACCCUUGUUUAAGGACAAGACUGAUUCCACAGCAUAAGAAAUAAUUUAUGUCACACAGAAGUGAAAUCCUGUAACCAUCUCUGAGUCUCAAACAUCGGAGUUCCUAAUUCCAGUGUGGACACCAUCAGUUAAAGUAGCACCGGGGCAGUCAGGCCGAGUAGACACGGUACUCUUUGGAAAGCAGGUUACCUGAGCAGAAAGAAGAGGCACCUGCACAGAAGUUCAAUAUCAGAGCCCAGCUGGAUGAAUUCGUUAAAGAGCUUCAGGACGUCUGGGACGUAAGAGAAAGGCAGCACAAGCAGAGACUCUUCCAGCUCGCUGAAGACAAAGAGAAUAAAACGCUAAAAAUGCCACAUUUCUUAACCUGCUCAAUUUUAAAACUUCUACUGAUUUUUCUAUGAUUUUAUGUUUGAGUAGAUCUUACCCAUUCAGAGUUAAAUUUAAUAUUCAUUUAUAUUCCGGAUGGUUCCCUCUUUUCCAUGUUUUGUUUUUUACAUUUAAUAUUUUAAUCUAUUUGAUGCAUUCUGGUCCAUGGCACGAUAGGAGAAUCUAACUGUUUUUCCAGAUUAACUAAUUUCUCCAAAGUCUUUUGUUGAAUGUUCCGCCUUUACAUUAUGAUACUUCUUUUACCAUGUAUUGAAUCUUCACAUUUUAGACUCUCUUUCAGGGCUUUCAAGUUGGUCCUCAUGACUGACUGAUUCUGACAACAAUCCUGUAGUGUUUUAGUUCUGCUAAUUUUAUAGCUUUUUAAUCCAGGAGAAUCUAACUCUCUCUUGCUAUUCUUCUGGUUUGUUUUACUUUUUUUGAACUAGUUCUAAUAUCAUUUCAUCAAUUCCAAUUCCAAAUCUCAAGAGGACUUCAACUAGAGUCACCAACCUGUAAAUUAGUUUUUUUAAAAAAACAAGUAAAUCUUUAGAACACAGAAUCUUCCCUUCUAGGAAUGUGUAACACUUCCAUUCAUUUAAAUUUUCUUUUACGUUUCUCUAGUGAAGUUUCGUCAUUAUCCUCAGGUCUGUUACUUCUUGUUGUAAGGGACAGAUUCAGAUAUUGAGAAUUGUUAUGACCUAUCUAUCAGUAGGUCAAACUCAUAAAUAAAACCCAAAGGUAAAUCACAAACAAGAAACAUGAUCCUAAAAAUACAGAACAAGAGAUAUAAAGAAUUUUUAGAAACCAAUGAGAAAUUACUGAAGAGUACAAGAAAGGGAAACUAAAAAUUCACAGGAAAAAAAGACAAAGGCCAACAAAUUCAUUAAUAAUUGAAAGAAAUUAACAUAAUACAAUACUACCUUUUGCCUCUGAAACUGGCAAAGAAUUUUUCAAAGCCUGGUAAAAAGUCAUUACAAGCAUUCUGGAAAGUAAUUCCGCAACACAGACCUUUAAGGAGCUCAUGCCCAUUGAUCAGUUAUUGUUAUGCUAGGAUUCUUAUCUUAAAAAACAACAACGAAGAUUUCUAUGUAAAGGUGUUCACAGAAGCACUACUGCUAACAGCAAAAAUCAAAAGCAAAUCCAAUAGUAAUUAUCCAUGCAAUGAGCGUUUUGAUAUAACGCAACGAAUUUAUUUUUGAAGAAUAUUGGUAACAUGAGCAAACGCUCAGGAAAUAUUCUGUGCAAAAGGACAGGAUACAACAUUAUAUACAGCAGGAUUCCAAUAAAAAUAAGCCAUCGGAAACACACAAUCAGAAAAGGUUACCAGUUGGUACUUGUGACUGAUGAUAGAUGCUUUCAUUACCCUCAAUGUGCAGUAGCACUACCCUUCGUUUGUCCCUAAAAUUUCCCUUCAUAGUUUAGGAGGAGACUCCUGGCUCUGCCUCAAAAAGAGCCUUAUAAUGUAUUAUUUUCCACCAAAAUGCUGACAUAGUUCAACUUACAUGGAAAAUAAUCAUCAGUUAUAACUCCUGUUUAUCUCAUGGUCAGACAGGCAGUCAGUAAAUGUUAGCUGACAAACUGUAACCGUACACUGGGACUCACCUCGACUUGAUUCCUUUAAAAAUCUCCAACACAUAAGCUGAAGGCUGUAAAGGAAGCACAGCAGCCUUAGUGAUGCCCUGGGUUGGUUUCUACGGAGGCUCCCUCAUUCCCAUCUCCUAAACACCAGGGAUCCCGCUCACAUGACAAACGGGGCUCUUAAGAGGGCAAUGCAUGUGCGGGCUUAGAGUCUGUCACAUUUGGGUUCGCAGUCCAGCUCUGCCACUCCCCAACUGUGUUACCUUCUAUCUGUGAGUCAGGCCAGUUUCCUAGCAGUAAAAUGAGGCUGCCCUGACUCACAGGAUGAGUGCGACGAAUGACACGUGCAUGGAACAUACUGCAGACUGCUUGAUGUGCACACGCUGUCCCAUUUCUCCCUCCUCCUCUAUCUGACUGACGUAUGCCAACUUUUCCUCCGGAAACCUCAAUUUCCAAGUUCAUUUACAUGGACAGAAUCUGCAACAGGGCUUUGGAAACUGGACAAAUAAGCACUAGAAAAUACAAGAAUGCCAUCCAGUCCAACCAAAAAGGAUGGCUUGGAAGUUACGCUAAAAUGGUCCUUUUGAAAUACUCAACACCACGGAAGACAAAAGAAAGUUUUAACGGCAAAGUAUUCCCCAAUACAUCCAGCCUCAAAUCAUGCUUCUUGAGGGGCGCCUGGGUGGCUCAGUCAGUUAAGAGUCCAACUCUGAUCGUGGCUCAGGUCAUGAUCUCACAGUCCAUGGGAUCGAGCCCUGUGUCAGGCUCCGGGCUGACGAGUAAGGAGCCUGCUUGGGAUUCUCUCUUCUCUCUCUCCACCCUUCCCCCACUUACACUCCUCUCUUUCUCUCAAAAUAAACAAACAUUAAAAAAAAAAAAAAUCAUGCCUCCUCACUUCCUACUUUGCCUCUCUUGUCCCUGAAAGGAACCUCUGAGUAACCAGGGGGAAGCUGUUAGACACUCUACUCACAGAGAUGUUGCCAUAGGCCAUCAGGAUGGGGUUGAUGGGAAGAGGAACCUAUGAAGAAAUUAUUAAAUCACAUCAUUAAAAACCAAGACUUGGAUGGUGCCUGUCAUAGGCAGGGCGACAAUCGUACUCUAGUUUUGAAAAGGGAAACCCUACAAAUUGAAAGAAUAUAAAACAAUGACCAGGCCUUUUAGUUUUAAUAGUGCUGAGAAUGAGUUGGGACAAUAUUUUAUCUGGAAAUCUGGAAUGGUUACAGUGCCUCUGCAACCAAAGCAGGAGCAGGAGUUUCUACCCAAUAUAAUGGUCACCUCAGUCUGGAAUUUCCUCUCUUUUGCUUUCCAUUAAAACCAAGCUUCCCUCCUCCUAGGCCCUCAACUCCUUCUUUCUAAUACUUGAAAUAGGAAAGACUCUAUUACAGUCCAGCUGUAAUAGAGAUCUAUUUGCAGAUCUGAGUCAAGAACGUCCUAAAAUGAUGGUUUUCAUCUCAGGAAUUCCAUUUAGACACGUUUCUGAGAGUGUAACUUCAUGGACUAUCUCACCUCUUUCCCUGCAGCUUUACAAAUGGCUUUGUGUUCCUUCAUUUUUGCAGUUUCCUCUCGGUAUAGCUCGACAGCCUCCAUGAUCCUCUCAGCCUACACAGAUGGCGACAAAGGACAGACAUCAUUGCCACACGCCCCAUCGUCCCGGAACACUGCAACCAGAAGACCUGACUAGAGAACUACUAGAUAACUUGAAUCCGUGUAAUAAACACGUGUCAGUAGAGUGCCAGACAGCCA